AAAAAAUAAAACGACAAAAGAAAAGAAGUCAAAUUCCUGGAGUUAGUUAUUUUGAUGACGUAGCAGCAUCAAAUACACAAAUAAUUCACCAAUUUCAUUUUUGUCUCGUCAAUUAUGAGAGGCCUAACACCACCACCGCCAAAAUUCACCGUUCCAUCACCGGACGAUGACGUGGCGGAUCUACUCCGCCCUAACACCGCCGCCAUCCCUGGCGGCGUAGUAGGGUUACGUAAGAAAGCGACAGGUGUACGGUCAUGGCUAUUGUUAGAUUCAACUGGACAAACCCAAGUUGUCGAAGCUGGUAAACAUGCAAUUAUGAGACGAACUGGGCUUCCGGCCCGUGAUCUUCGUAUAUUGGACCCACUUUUGUCUUAUCCAUCUACUGUAUUGGGCCGUGAAAGGGCUAUUGUUAUUAAUUUGGAACAUAUUAAGGCUAUUAUUACUGCUCAAGAGGUACUUUUGCUUAAUGCUAGAGAUCCUUCUGUUGCUCCGUUUGUUGAAGAGCUUCAACGGAGAAUUUUGCGUCAUCAUCAAGCUACUAAGUCUCAGGAAGCUGGAGGGGGUUGCGAUAAUGCAGACUGGACAAAUCUGUAUGAUCUGGAAGAGCCACAAUCUGAAGCAGUUUCACCUCCAAACUUUUCUGCAAGCUUCCGAGCAAAUAAUGAGAACAAGGCUGAUGGGAAGCAGCAAACUGGUGAGAAUCGAGACGGGCCGAAGCUUCUCCCAUUUGAGUUUGUUGCUUUGGAGGCAUGUCUGGAGGCUGCUUGCAGUUGCUUGGAUAAUGAGGCAAGGACACUGGAGCAAGAAGCUCAUCCUGCUUUAGAUAAGCUGACAUCAAAGAUUAGUACUCUCAACUUGGAACGAGUUCGUCAAAUCAAAAGUCGCUUGGUUGCUAUUACAGGACGUGUUCAGAAGGUCAGAGAUGAACUGGAGCAUCUACUAGAUGAUGAUGAAGAUAUGGCCGAGAUGUAUUUGACUGACAAGCUGAUGGAACAACUUGAGAAUUCUUCUGUUUCCUCUGUAACUGGCCAAGAUGGCAUUGAUGAGGAAGUUAUUCAGCCGAACAUGGAUGAUAGGGUUCCUGUGGAAAUCUCAAUGGACGCAAAUGCAGGUUCCACCAGUUACGAUACCGACAUUCCACAUAUUGACAAUCAGCAGGAACGUUUGUUUGGUGGUCCUAAUGCUCUUAGCCGAGGUAGUCGUGGGACACAUACUAGUACGACUCGAAGUGCCAUAAGCAAACAUCUUGAUGUGGAGGAGCUUGAAAUGCUCUUAGAAGCAUACUUUGUUCAAAUUGAUGGUACAUUGAAUAAACUGAACACUCUACGCGAGUAUGUGGAUGACACAGAAGACUAUAUCAACAUCAUGCUGGAUGACAAGCAGAACCAUCUUUUGCAAAUGGGAGUCAUGUUAACAACGGCAACUCUUGUGGUAAGCGCCUUUGUGGUUGUGGCUGGAAUUUUCGGUAUGAAUAUUGACAUUGAGCUGUUUGACGAUAAAAAAGCUGGGAUGCCGGAAUUUCUAUGGACAAUUGGUGGUGGUGCCACUGGCACUCUCUUCUUAUAUGUGAUUGCAAUUGCUUGGGGUAAGCACAAGCAAUUGUUGGAGUGAAUAGAGAGAAUUGUGAACAUAUUGACAUUGAGUUAAAUUUGCCAUAUUUUACAAGUAUCACUGGUUCUCCGCAAAUAAAUAUUCAACUUGAAAAUGUAUAUAGCUCAAGCAUAUUGGACGAAUGGUUUUAAAUGAUUAAAUUUUCUAUA